AUGCGGAAGCGGGAGCGCGAGAACCCAUGUUACAUCUGCGGGCACUACCAUAAAUACGAGGAGGGGGAGCCGUGCGGGGUAUGCGGGCACCGAUUAAUCCCCGCGGACGAGCGCAGCAGCGGGGCCGUGGCGCAAGCGCACAGCGCGUUCUCGUCGGAGAUCAUCCCGGGGUUCCUGUUCUGCGGGAGCUACGACAACGCGUCGCGAUCGGAGCUUCUUAAAGCGCAAGGCAUCACUCGGAUUCUAAACACGGUACCCACAUGUCAGAACCUCUAUAAGAACUCCUUCGUUUAUCACACAGUCCAAGACAGCAAGGUCAUUCCCUUUGAGGAAUGCAACCAAUUUAUUGAGCAAUGUGAGCGGGAGCAGGCGAAGGUGCUGGUGCACUGCAUGUCAGGCCAAAGCAGCCCUGCCAAUGGAGCACGUGAGGGAACGAAUGCCAAGCUGCUUGUGCACCGCGUUUUCACUUCAUGCUCGCUUGAUGCGGGCCAAGGCAGUCAAGACGAUGCAUGCUGUGAAGAACGCACCCUGCCUGCCAAUCCGUUCCCAAAUCUCCCCCUUCCCCCUCGUCUCCCCCCCGUUCCCUUCCCUCCUCCCCCCUCCAAAUCUCCACGCUCCCCCUCCAUCUCCUCCCCCUCCAUCUCCUCCCCCCACUUAUCCUCCCACCCGCAUCCAGUAGUGGUCGCCAGCAGUGGUGGUGGGUACCUGAUGCGGGCCAAGGGGUCGCCAGCAGUGGUGGUGGGGUACCUGAUGCGCGCCAAGGGGGUCAAGAUGUGCUGCGAGAAUGCACACCAGCAGGCCGUGCUGCAGCUUGCGAUCUGUCUGUUGGCUCAGCUCAGCAUGCAUGAUGCCUUAUGCCCCUGUCCCUCCUGCUAUUGCCCAACCCCUUCCCACUCGUACCCUCCCGCACACCACCAUCUACUCCCUCUCCCCCUCUCCCUUCCACCGCCCCCUUCCCUCCCUCGUCUCGCUCUGCCAGCCAUGCUCAGCCAGCUGCAAGCCUUUGAAGCCCGCCUCUUUGGAGGCGAUGCCGCUCUGAAUUCUUCCGACCAGCAGCAACAGCAACAGCUGCAACAACAGCAGCAGCAGCAGAUUCAGCAGGCAGGGGCACCGUCAGGCCACAUCACUCCUCUCUCUGCUCCCGGCCAGUUCCCCGCCAACACCACCGCUUCCCCCUCCUCCUUCCCACCACUCCCCAGCUUCCCAUUCCCCAUGCCGCCCUUUCCCCUAGGCCCUGACGCCAAUCCUGCUGAUGGUGCUGCUGCUCCCCCGUUUGCAGGCAUGCCCCCUCUAGCCCCUGUCCCCUUCCCGCCUAUCCCUGGCAUGCCAGCUGGCGGCAUGCCAUUCGCCUUCCCUGGUAUGGGGGCUGGCGCAGGGGGGAAUCCUCCAGAGGGUUUCGUGUUUGGGGCAGCGGGGGAGGCAAACAGAGGGGGUGCAGGGCAGGGGGGGAACGGGGGGCACCCCAUGGCUGGUGUCAAGAUCACCUCGCAAGCACCUCGAAUUAUGCAUUUCGCCUUCUCCCUUCGUCGGCCUCUCAUCGUAACCGUCUUCCUCGCCGCUCUUCUUCACGCAACUGCCACGGCUGUGCCCACGGCUGCGGCCUCUACGGAGCCUGCAAUGUCGAGAAACCUUCCAGCCGACACGGUCCCGCCGGUUGCCUCCAACAGGCGGCUCCUCUCGGUCUCGGCGCAGCUCGAGUCGUCCCAGCCAGGCCCCGUUACAGUCACAUCUUCCGUCGGAUCUUCGUCGCCGCAUGCGACGGCUCGCAUGCUCUAUGCGAGGUUUCCCGAAAUUCGGAACGACGAUCGCGACCACGCGCAUUACCUCGAUCCGCAGAACCGCGCGCGCGCGGAAGUCGGCUCCCCCGCGCUCGUAUGGGACGGGGAGCUCCAGGCACAGGCGGAACGACUGGCGGAGUACCUUGCGCAAAAGGAGGGAUGCGCGGUGCGGCGCAUGAAGGAAGUCAGCGGCGGGGUCAAUCUGCGCUGGGCGGCGGAAAGCUUGGGGGUGCCCGCGGAAGCGGAAUCGGCGGUGGCGGAGUGGGUGCGCGAAAAGGCGCACUAUCGCAUGGAAGCGUUCCCGGCGGGUUGCGCGGAAGGCAGAGAUUGCACGCACUACACGCAGGUGGUGUGGAAGAAGACGGAGCGCGUCGGGUGCGGAACGGCGAUGUGCAACCAAGGAGGAGCCGUUUGGGCGUGCCGUUACUUCCCGCCCGGUAAUAUCGAGGGGGACCGCCCGUACUAG